AUGUUUGUUAAUUUAUUACCGUAUCGUUUUACAUUAGAUCCAACGUUAUCAUUUAGUAAUCUCCUACAUCAAAUACAACAACUAUGCUUAAGUAUAUUAGAUUAUUCGUAUUUACCAUAUCAAGAAAUCAUUGAUCUACAUCGUCAUGAAGGGAAAGAACAAUCAAGUGGAUUAUCGUUACAGUUAAUUCAAACAACUUUUCAGUUUCAGUCAACUGCAAGCAAAAACAGCAGACGUAUACAUCUAGAAGAUAACAUUAAUCUAGAUCAGUUAACGAACGAUGAUUAUUUGGCCACUAGUAAGAGUGUGUCGAAGUUUGAUUUAUCAUUAACUAUGGAUCAUAAUAUAACAGAUCGAACAAUUAGAUGCAUUUUUGAAUAUUCUACAGAUGUGUUUAAAAUGCCAACAAUACAAACAAUAUGUGACCGAUUUCAAGCUCUAUUAGCAAACCUAUUUUCUUCUACGUCACCAUUUGGUACCGGACGACAGUCUGUGUAUGAAUUGUCUAUCAUGUUACCGAGCGAGAUUCAACUCAUGAAAGAAUUAAAUGAUGGUCAUGUGGAUUUUGAUCACCAAGAACAAAUGAAAUUCAUACAUCAUAAAUUUAUUCAGCGAGCAGUAAUAAAUCCACAAAAGGUUGGUGUUUUAUUAGAUGAGCAAAGUGUUACAUACGGCGAACUACUAUACCUUGUACAAACAUUAUCAUUUCAUUUGAUCGAUAAAUGUAAUAUUAAACAAGGAGAAAUUGUUUGUCAAUGUGUCGAUCGUUCAAUUGAAAUGGUUAUCGGUAUGCUUUCAAUUUUGACAUGCGGCUGUUCAUAUUGUCCUCUUAGUCCUAAUGAUCCGGUUAAUCGUCUGUGCUCAUUAAUUGAUGAAACAAAAACGCAUUUUGUUUUAAUGCAUUCAUUAACCCAAAAUAAAUUUGAUAAAACCGUGACGACCAACGAUCAUAUCAGUUUUGUGAAUAUAGAACAAAUUAUGAUCAGUGAUUCUGAUAAUUGUGAGAAGCCAAAAAUAUCUGAUAAGGAAUUAAAUUUAUUAUCAAACGUUCAAGCGACAAUCAUUGCAUAUGUGAUAUUUACAUCGGGUUCAACGGGCAUACCAAAAGCUGUACAAAUUCGUCACAGAAAUUUCGUCUCGUGUAUUCAAUCAUUAGCCCAAUUGAAUAUUGUGAACAGUAAGGAUACCUUUGUUCAAGUAACACCGUGUACAUUUGAUAUGCAUGUGGAAGAAAUGUUUGGCUCAAUGAUGCUUGGUUCGUCGCUUGUUAUGCUUCGUCCAAAUGGUAAUCUCGACAUGACUUAUUUAUCGCAUAUUAUUCAAGAAAAACAGGGCACCGUGAUUAUUCUUUUGUCAUCUUUGAUUAUGCUAUUAUGUGAAUAUUUGCAAGAAAGUAACAACAAGGAUUGUUUAAAAUCACUACGUACAGUUUUCACUGGAGAUGAAUCAACAAAUUCUAAAACUGUAUUAAAGUUAAUGUCAAACGUUUCACAACAACAAUGUAGUAUUUAUAAUUUGUAUGGUCCUGCAGAAUGUACACUCGUGUCAACCUGUCAUCGUAUUACACUGAAAGAUUUAAAUGAUAAAACUGAAUCUAUACCAAUUGGUCGUUCAUUAUCAAAUUAUGAAUGUUACAUACUCGAUGAAUACUUACAACCUGUUUAUGGAAAUCAAAUUGGUGAAUUAUACAUUGGUGGAAGCGGUGUUUUCGCAGGUUAUUAUAAUCGAUCUGAUUUAACAGAACGAGUUCUAAUUGAUCUUCCAAAAUUAACAAAUAAAAAAUGUUAUAAAACGGGAGAUCUCGUUAAAAUGGAUUCAAACGGUCUAUUACGUUUUGUUGGAAGAGCAGAUUAUCAAAUAAAACUUCGUGGACAACGUAUUGAAACGGGAGAAAUUGAAAA